AAGUCAUUGCAUCCUCGUGAUUUUUUGCCUACGAUUUUAUUGUUUUGUUAAAUCUAAGUAAUGUCUAAGUAUGUUUUUAAUGUAGUAUAAUAAAGAUUUUUUUCCAUGGACAUUUAUAAUACAAUCACACUAGCUAAAACAUGUGGUUAAAAUGUGUUAAAUGUUUUAUUUUAUUGGAAGUUAUAACUGCGUAAAUGGCUCGAAUAAUGUUGUUAUUGUAACCAUAUCGCUAGCGAUAGCAUGGCAGCGGCGAAUGCCGAGUCCGAGCGGGCUCGCUUAUAUAAAUUUGCCAAAAUAUUAACUCUGAAAGUGGCCCAAAUCGUCGUGCAAAGUAGAGAUGGCAAAAAGAUCACUCACGAGUGUUCUAACACGAAAACUUUGGACAACAGCGCCUUAUCAACAUCCCCUAGCAACUUACAAUGGUUUAACCUGUCCAUCCCCGACGAGCCCGAAGUGAACUACGACACGAAACGAAUACUCAAUGGCGAAGUGGUCACCGCUCUCACCAAUAUCUUGUGUAUUGAGAUAUCACUCAAAACGAUAGACGGCGAUGAGAUGGUGCUAGAGCUGUGGACAGUAAAACUAGCCCCCUGCAUCGAAGCCCCGCUGACAUCCGUCUCCACAAUCUACUACAGGAUGAGCGUGAUGCUGAAGUCCACGCUGAGCAUCUCCAGGAUAACCCCCGCUUACAAGAUGUCCCGGGCACAGAACAAGGAGACAUACAAGAUAUACCACAAGAUCUACGGUGGACAGCCUAACGUGGAUCUGUUAGGCGGCAAUCACAAAGAGAUCAAAGUGAGCGAGCUCCACACGCCGAUAGGCACCAUCCUCAUCGAGGUCCGGUAUCGCACCAAGAUGACCAUCCUGCCCGAGGACCGGCUCAAGCCGGCGGACAUCCUCAACAGCAACGGGGGCAUUAUGGUGAAGAGUGACCACUUCCCGACUGAACCCAAACGCGACAACGAGAAGAAAGGCAUAGACCUGAACAAGCCCCUGACGGCGGGCGCGUUCGUGGACGCGGACAAGAUGCGCGAGCUGCACGCCAUGCUGCACCAGCAGCUGCCGCCCGAGCCCGUCGGCUGGCUGCUGGAGCCCGACACGGUCAGUACCGCCCCAUAUGUUACAACAGCAACAAGCCCCUGCAACAAGCCCCUGACGGCGGGCGCGUUCGUGGACGCGGACAAGAUGCGCGAGCUGCACGCCAUGCUGCACCAGCAGCUGCCGCCCGAGCCCGUCGGCUGGCUGCUGGAGCCCGACACGCCCCUGACGGCGGGCGCGUUCGUGGACGCGGACAAGAUGCGCGAGCUGCACGCCAUGCUGCACCAGCAGCUGCCGCCCGAGCCCGUCGGCUGGCUGCUGGAGCCCGACACGCCCCUGACGGCGGGCGCGUUCGUGGACGCGGACAAGAUGCGCGAGCUGCACGCCAUGCUGCACCAGCAGCUGCCGCCCGAGCCCGUCGGCUGGCUGCUGGAGCCCGACACGAAAUUAAAACUAUUGGCAGACGCACAGAAGUUGAAAGAGAGGAAAAAGGAGGGUCAAGAGAGGGACAGCGAGGCUCAGUGCAGCACGAGCAAGGCGAUAGAAGUGCCGCGGGCCCGCGACGGCGAGCGGUACAACAGUCUCAUGGACUUCCCAUUCGCCGACGGCAGUCCGAUAACGGAGUUGGCGAACUUCUACCAAGAGUGCGUGCACCUGCGCUCGUGCAGCGACGAGCUGGACGUGCUAGCGGAGCCCGCGGACGCGGCCGACCUCGGCCACCAGCUCAAGAUGUUCGAGGAGGCCGUGCCCGAGUUCGACAACAUGGUCGCCUCCAUGUUCAGCGAAGACGGCGGGGAAUACUGAACUUUAAACCCCUUAUUCAUAAAAAUCAUGAAACUAUACGGGCCUGAUUUAGUUAAAUUAUGUUUUGUCCCUUUCUUACUAAUACAUAAGUCAAAAUGACGGAUAAAGACAAACGAUUCAUAGCUAAUUCAGGCCAGUAUCGCGUUUAUGAAUAAAGCCAUACGUCUGUUAGAAAAUCUUGUUAGCUUGAUACAGGUUUUUUGUUGCGUUCGGUAACCAAGUGCAUCAACUUUUAUUUGUUAUUCUGUCCCAGCAAGGCGAUAAUAGCAUAGUUUGACGGCCAAAGCCGUCAGCUGACGCGCGCGGCUACAGCCUAAUAUCAACCUUCGUGCAUUCUAACAAGGUUCAAAGGGAGAAAAAAAUGUAGGUAGGAAGAGUGACCCAGGCAACCGUAGACAUGCCAACUAGUGACUAGAAAGAGUUGAUUCACACAACUAAACAAAAACUGUAUAAUAGUUUAAAUCAGAGAACAAUGAGAAACUCAGACCACAGAAUAGUCAUAUAAAUGUAUAGCUUGAAUAAACAGAUAUUUAACCCAUGAACGCCACGCCAUGCCAAUCGUGCGCGGCGCGUUAGCGUGAACCUUGUCGGAAUCAGGGAUGUUACGGAUGCAGAUUUUUUGACAUACGCGAAUGCGGAUAUUUAAAGGCUCACAUCCGCGGGUCAAGAUUAGGUACUUAGAAAACGUCAAAUAUUACAUUUUAGAAAUUUUUAUUUAAAUAAAUCGAAUCGUUUAGUAUUUGAGGAAGAAUAUAGGUGUAUUUAAUAAACAGUAACUUGGCCGACUUUUCUGGAUUUGGACGAUUUCGUUAUAUAAGCUGGUUAUAGGUAAUGACGAAAUUACCUAGCACUUACGCCGCCGCUAAGACGUUCCUGUACCGACUUGUUCGACAUCCGCAUUAAGCUCCGCAUCGAUUUUAUGCGGAUGCAGAUUUUAAUAAUAAUGCGGAAGUUCUGCGGUUGCGGAUGCGGAUGCGAAUAUUCGCAACAUCCCUGGUCGGAAUGCACGAUGGUUAAUUGAUAUUAAGGUGUAGCCGCGCGCGUUUGUUGAAGUCUUUCCCGGCCAAUGGGUUAAAAUGGUAAAAAUAUGUAAGUACAUAAAAUAUAAUAUAUGUUCGCGAUCCAUUGAAGCGAAUAAUAUUUUAUUAAAUAUGAAAUACAAGCGGUAUUUACUAGCCAAUCUGUUACUCUUAUGAAAUCUGAUAUCUCAGUAAUAAAUUGUUAAUAAAAUACUAGCUUUGUUUGAAGUGGGUAUGUUAUUUAGUGAGUUUAGAUUGUCAGCCCGUCUUAUUAAUAUGAGAAAAGCUCGAAAUAUCAGUGGCGAAGCGUCCGGUAACUCGAUCCUCCUCUCCCGCCAGCAUUUCACGAAACAGGUCAAGACGAAAGGGUACUGCCUGCCUUUUCUCGAAGCGUUUCGUUGUAUUCAUAGACUAGGAAUCCUCUAGACGGAGUUUAGAGCAAUUAUUUCAUGCAACCGAUGCUGCCAAAAAUGCGGGGGUGCGCGGGACGAGGUUAGCGAGAUCCCGUGCCGUGAUUGGUCCGUUCAAACGACGAACGAGUUCACGGACGUCACACAAAGACACUUUCGACUCGAACAUGGAGUAAAUUUACCGUAUGCGUGGCAGCGGGGGUAGCGCGACUAUGCUCAGUCUAGAGGAUGUCUUGUCUGUGGUUGUAUUAUAAACUGGAAUACAACGUGCUCACGAGGAACCCGGAAUCGAAUCGUUUUCGUUAUAGGUUUUAGAAACCCACGAAGUUUCGGUUUUGAUAAAUAAUAGAGAACUAAUUUUCUGGGAUAAGUUUAACUCCCCGCCACUGAUAGGUAUAGUCAUUAAUGUAAUUCACUAGUUAUUACACCACCGAUAUUGUUUGUACAAUGUUUGUACUUAGCUGAAAGUUGUGUUUUAAUCCCAGCUUGUAUGAAUCAAUCUAUCCUCGUCCUGCCACUCCUGCCCACCAUACUAAGUUUAAGCCAUUGAAAUUUAAACAAAUUUAUUUGGAAAAUAGAGUUUAUUUUCCUUUGUUUGUAAACUCAACCUAUCCAGGCUUUUCAUUCAUAACUUGCUUAAAAUGGAAUAUGUCCCUUAUAAAUCACUUUGGGCAGGACGAGGCUAUAUUCGUCUUGGUAUUAUGCUGUAGAGUUUUUUUUUUCGCACUGAAAAUACUCUUAGAAGACACAAAGUCAAACAUAUUAAAUAUGCUCAUUGAUACUAUAUUUAAAGAUUGUAAAUGAAUUAUAAACAAUGCAUAAAUAAUACAUUAUUUAUUAUGUUACAUUUAUAAAGGUCUAUAAACUAUUAUAGACCUCAUAUUCUAAGGUCUGAUUUUGUGUCUCCCAAAUUGAUACUCGUAUCUCAUCGAUUUGAGAGUUACGAAAUUAUUAUUUUUUAUAUUGGCUUUUCGUAUUUUCGGUGUUUUGUGUUCUUCCUUCUAUUUAAUUUGGACAGAAUUUUUAUAUUUGAUUAAUGUUUAUGACUUUUUGUAAUUUAAUAGACAAUAUUAGAGUGCAUACUGUACAUUGAUAUCUUUAUAUAUUAAAAAAAUAAAAGCGUUACUUUACUGCUUAUAAUAUAAUAUACAGCAGACAAGUUUUUCUAAAUUAUUUUUCGUUCAAAAUAACAAAAACAAAAUUCUGAUUUGUUAACAAAACUUAAUAAGAAAUCUAAAAAAAAAAAUUUUGAGUUAAAUAUUUUUUGCCUGCUGUCACUGCGCCUGGUUGUGUAUUGUGUACAAACGUGCUUUCUAUAUGGCCUUAAAUUGUAUAAGUGCUGUUAAAUGUGCGUACCUAUUAUAUGUAUGUAGACAUGACAGCGAAAUAGUCAUAAUAGUGUUGCGUGUCAACACUAUUUGGGCCGAUUUUUAUUUUGCUAUAUACAGUGUGUUACCAGGACCCUGGCUUUUUUUAAGGGAGGUUAAAAUAUCGUAUAUCUAUAAUGUAACCAUGACAUUAAUUUAAUUAAUAAACUAAAUUUCAGACUUCGUUAACUUUCUAACAAAAUUUUAACUGGCCGUAAUGUACAGCACAGUAAAUUGACAAGUAAGUGCUAAUGACAGCUCUUCAUACUUUGUUUAUUACGAAGUUUAUUUCAAGAUGCACUUAAGAUAACUGCACCAAAUUAAAGCCACUCUGGUAUCAUUGAUAAAGCCUUUACUACCAACUAAAUUAAACUUAAAUACAAACCCCACAUUUAAAUAAAAUAAUACAUUAACCCCACAUAAUACGAGUACUUGACGUUGGUUUGGUACCUGUCUGAAGUGCUCGAGAAUCCUUUCCUCAACUUGCACUAGCAUGAUCCCGUGCAUGGCCCUUUCAGGCUGACCAGGGGCGAUUGACCUAUUCUCUCGUACUCGCUGAAAAGCCGCUGUUAUCAAUCGAGCAUUGUGUGGAUGUCAUCAAUUUGGGAAGUGUUUCCUAUAAAGCCUUAAGCCUUGACCUGCAGUUCCACGUGUAUCAACAACUCUCGAGCAUUGUAACACAUUUUAAAGAAAAGCUAAUACCAGCUUUUCUAAUAUUUUUUGGUUUGUUUUGACAAUCCGACGUGCUGACGACUUUUGAAAUUGUCAUGUCAAAGUUGACAAAAAACUCUUUAAUUAAUGUAUUAAAACCUCCAUACAUGAACCCAAUGAUAAGGACGCCAAUAAUUUUACGAUGGUUGUCUCAGUUUUUUACCCUCGUACCACGACAUGCCUUGUACCACGUGCGUUAGCGAUAUGAGUAACGACAAUAACGCAGUACACCCACUACAUUGCGUGUGCGAAUUUUGGAAAUUUAAUUGAGCAGUUACUUUACAUAAUUAUGAUUUGCUAAUACACGCAAAUAACUGCUAAUGGAUCAUAUUAUUACCAGUUUUAAUAAAAGCCCGCAUGCCGGUAACACACUGUAUACGGCUCUGCAUAUUUCUUGUUUUUGUAUAGGUACUAAGGAAGGAGGUGCCACAAUUUGGUAAUUUAGGGCGAAGUAAAUUGAUAAAAAAAUGCAAGUGUACCCUCUUGGCGCCCAGAGGCCUAUAAAAAGGUAUCCCGCUCCAUUCUUAUUUGAAUCUUAAUUUUUACAAAGUUUUGAUAUCUGGGCGGCUAGAGGGUAUGAGAAGUUAUACGCCAUAAAAUCGCAUAUCCUUAUAAAAACGUGUUAUUUAUAAAUUAGAGUAUUGUAAACAUGUACAGAUAACUUUGGCCACUGCAUACGCGUAGUUAUCGCUGCAGCUAGUUGUAUAUGAAAUAUUUAUGUUGAACGAUGAUGACAGUACGGGUUCUUGGCUUCAAAUGUGGAAAGAAUGGCGUAAACUUUGAAUUAUCCUCCUAAGGCUCACAGUUCUCUCAGCUAUAGUAGGUACUUAUUAAUCUUAUUUAUCCUGAGUUAUGGAUGUUUUCUGCAUAUAUAAGUAUUAUAAAUAUACCUAUGUAUUAUAUAUAUAUCGUCAUCUAGUGACCACAACACAAGCCUUAUUGAGCUUACUGUGGGACUAGGUAGAUCUGUGUAAAAUUGUCCUAUACAUAAUAUAUUUAAUAUUUAUUAUUUAAUAAGUUCUAUGAAAUAUAAAUAAUUUUCAAAUGGACUAUAGUUACAUUUGUUUGGAUUCGAUCGUUUUUAAAACAAAUCAAAACCAACCCUAUUUCCUAUACUGUAUGAUAAACUUCAUCUUAUUCACUGGGCAUUUUUUGUUUUCUGUCUUAUAUGGCUUAGGAAGUCAUGAUUAAGUAUUGAAAUUUGGUUAAAGCUACAACAAAGCUGCCAAAGGCCGAUAUAUAAAUUUAUAAGUAAAUAAAUAGAUGUAUGGAUGGCCAUGAAUAAUGAUUACAUAGCGGAAGCAUACAUAGUUUGAUUGAUUGAUUUCAUUUUUUGAGCUAUGGAGCCGUACUAGAAAGUUAAUUAUAUAGGUACGAAUUGUAUUUAAGAUCAUAAGCUUUGAAAUUCUAUAGUUUGACUGACAAUUGGUGUUCAUUAGAAGCGGUGAAUAAUGUAAAUGUGUGUGUGUUUGCGUCGGCCCUCCAACGCUUGCUCCCGUUGAAGCCCCUCGUUAUGGAGCGAAACAUGUCGAGCAAUAACACGUGAGUGACCCGUUCUAAUGUCUGUGUCUCAUGGAAGUUUUGUUAUUAAAAUGUAAAUAAAAAUCGAUGUAGUGCCAUUUUGUCCCCGCCCCCACCUCGUGUAUGGCGGCGGUCACGUGAGGCGGUCACCCAUCCGUAACUUUCACUAUAUGUCGACAUUUCGAGUUCCAUUUUACAUUUUUGACCACUUCUAUAAACUGUACCUACACCAUUCUGUUAAUUUACGGAUGUUUACAAAAUACAAAUAUAUUUUAAAUAUGCCAUGUGACAAAAAGGGCCCUUCUAAUUUCCGUGAUAAAAAAUAUCUGUUUGUUUUUUUUAUCUCUUUAUUUUUUAGGACUGAAACGACAACUUAUUGUUCUUAAAAUAGGACAUUCGAAUGGAAUUUUAGUUGAUUUAUUUUUGUCCUAGAUAAAGGACGUCGGGCCUAACGAGGCUAUUAAAUAUUCAAUGAUUCCGGACUAGUCUUAUCAUACUUAUGUCCUAUGUUCAGCAUGCAAGUCAAUCGAAGAUCAGAAAAACCGUUCUUUUUUGACGUCGGAUCUUAAGGCACUCGGCACUUAAGGUCAUUUUAUUAGCUACUAAAGUACUAGUAAAGUAAGGACGCUAAACACUAAAAAUUUCGUACAUUGACUCACCUGUCAUAUCUCUAUCGCACGCGCUUAUGCGCCGAUGAUGCCGGCGGUCACUGCCGCUAUGCGAGCGAGAAAGCAAUAUAAUGUAAUGCGAUAGAGAUAGGUACAGGCGAGUCAAACGAAAUUAUACGUGCUUAACGUGCAACACAGAACUGGCUAUCGAUGGACCUUAAGUCGUUGUGAUAAGGUUCACGAAAUGUCAGUUAUAGUUGAGUCAAACACUCGCUGCACGCGACUACGUAGUGUGCUCUCUGUCACACCUACCUGUGGCGGGUGGCUUCUUAUCUCAUUCUUACUUCCUUCGCGUGCUGCGGGUUUUUAACUCAACUAUAACAGUGAGUACGAUGGUACUGCCACAUCCUCUGGUAUUUAAAUAAAAGUAAACAAAUAAUUUAUACAUUGUCGGGUGGUUAUAAUAUAAUAUUUUAUAACACAGGUUAACCAACCAAAUACAAAACCGCCUGGAUCUGUCACUGAACGACCUGAUUUUAACCUACAUUAUUUGAUCAUGUAAUGUUUUGAUCUACCCUUUAUUAACUGGCUUAAGGAGCAAUUUGAGGGUAGAUUUUGUUUUCUUUUAUAUAAAUACCUAAAGAAACAGAAUAUAGCUCUAGCAUAAUAAAAUAAUUAAAGUUCCAUUCUAUCAAAUAGUUAUUUGAUAGAAUGGAAACUUUGGAAUUGAAAGCAAGAAAUUUGUAUGGAAGUUUUUAUACGUGGGGUAUAGAUAUUUAAUCAUGUUUUGGGUAAAAAUCUUUAAGGGGUUUUGGCACUUUCAUUCUUUAGAGUCGCCACUUACUAAUAGUAGCUAUGUAUGAACUGCUUUUCUGGUUACUGUUUUAAAUCAUUUGAACUUCGUGUAUUUUAAUGAGGCAAACCAUUAAAAAAAAGCAUGUGGGCGUUUUCUAAAAGCUACAAUACCUAUCUACAUUAAUUUUAAUCAUAAAGUUGGUCAUAAGUUAUCUGAAAACUGCUGGAUGCCGUCCGUCAAUAUCGACAACUUUGCACCAACAUUUCAAAAUAAUCUCUAAUUGCUAAAUUUUGCAUAACGUCAUCUGUAUUACUUGGUCAUUGUAAAAGAGCCAUUUGUCUAGUAAGUAUACGAUCUACUUAUAUAUAUUUAGCAUUAAUACUGUAGAAUAAACUCUCGCCCGCUGUAUUUCCGGACCAAAAAUAAAAAGCUUUUCAAGGAAAGAGCGUACUUUUAUCUUAAAUGUCGGCAACGCACUUGCAACCCCUAUGGAGUUGCAGUUGGCCAUGGGCGACGGUAAUUAGACUAAUUAGUUAAUCACCAUCAGGCUAUUCGUCUGCCCGUUCGCCUCCUUUCAAAAAAUACUUCUUCGAACUUGUUCUAAAGGCAAAGUUGUCAGUUUUGACGGUACACAUCAACAUGAGCAUGACGUGUUCAGACGUCUUUUGCCUUUAUAAGGGUUAAUUUGGCUAUAAUGUUGUUCACACGUUGCUGCCUAGACUAACAUUUAUUGUAAAUCAAUAUAAUAUCACUACGAUAGAUUAGAACCGAUUUGUAGAAAUACAAAAUGUCAAUCAUUUAUUUAUUUACAUAAGAUAAAUGGAUAUGAUUUUUAUCGA